AUGGCACCAUUACCAUUCGCGAUCAUUUAUGUGACAGUCACAUUGUUGUUGGUGAUUUUCACAUUUGUCGGUGCUCCAAUCGAAUCAUUAAUGGGUGUAGCGAUUAUUUUAACUGGAAUUCCAGUCUACAUUGUUGGUUGUGUAUGGAAGAAUAAACCGAUAGCAUUUCAACGUGCAUUACAUAAUUUCACAUUAGGCUUACAAAAACUUUUACAAUUAGUACCUGAAAGUUGAUUGAUUGAUUACCUAGCGAAUAUACUGCAUUGUGUCUGUUUGAGUGCAUCUCUACACGUCUGGACAAACACACAGCUACACAAACAUUCCAAGCAUCGACAAACUAACUAUACUAAUACUACUUAUUAUUAUUAUCAGUAGUUCUUUCUUUUUUUUCCUAUUUAUAAACUAUUUACAAUUUUUUUUUUGACACAUGAACUAAUCAAUCAAUCUUUCUUUCUUUCUGUUACAUAUUCAAUAAAAAAAUUUUUCCCUCCCUCCGCCCACCCACCAACUUCAUUGAAUUCCAUUUAAAACACAUUCAUGUUAUUAUAGUCUUUUGACUUAUUACACCAAAAUACUUCAAGACAGCAUAUGUUUGUUAUGUGUACUGCCGCUUCAUGACAACAAAAUUGCAUUUUUUUAUUUGAUAUUUUCUAAUAUCAUUCGUUAUUUAUUACUAUUUACUGUUGUUAGCAUAGAAAUUUUAAAAUAUUAAUCACCAAUUCCGAAAUGAAGACAGUUUUUUUUGUUUCCUUAACAAAUGACACACAUCACGAAAUGUUGAGUUUUUUUUUAUUGAUUUUUUUUUCAUCUCCAAUGGAAU